AUGUUGGUGAUUGUAAAAAAUAGAGUGACAUACAGUUUCAACCAACGUCAAGCGGCGAUUGAAGCAAUGGAAAAAGUAUUUACUGUCGCCAAAAUUGAGACUGGAGUAUGUAUGCUUUUUCUCAUUGGGCUCAACAAGGCAUCGGAAAAAUCGUCUUCUAUGAGCGGUCCCUUUGGCCAAGGCAAAGUUGUUAGCACGAUAAUUGUGGUACCGACUGCAGAUAGGUAUGGGGCAACCAAUCUUGCUUUGUGUUCGACUUGUGGCGGCGGAGAAGAGUCCAAGGUUUUGGCGUCCCAUGCAGACCUUGCGCUGGGAGCACAAGGUAAUCGCUUGCUCCAAAAGAAGAAAAAAAGGGGACCUAUCUGA